AUGUUCGCCCCUAAAUUAUACAACUUCAUGGCCGUCGUGCUCAUGCUCCUUGGAUGCGUUACAGCCCAGGCCAGUAGCAGCGCCCACUCUACCUUGGUCAGCUCUUCGACCACAGUCAGCACGUCGGCCACAGGCAAGGCUUCCGUCACUCAUGCAGUGACCAAUUCUACCACGAUCAGCACGUCGGCCACAGGCAAGGCUUCCGUCACUCAUGCAGUGACCAAUUCUACCACGAUCAGCACGUCGGCCACGAGCAAGACCCCCGUCACCCCUGCAGUGACUCGUUCGUCUGCUUCCGCCAGUAUAACCAACCCGUCCACCACCUCAGCAAGUGCAUCCGCCAGUACCACUGCCACGAAGAGCGCCGGCAACAAAGCCUUUGAGUCGACCUUCAUCACGGUCUUCCUUCCUGCUUGUCUCGUCGUCUUCGGCGUCGCUAUGGCCUAA